AGCGAUCUCUUGAGUAUAAAGUCUGAGUUUUCAAUACAAGCAUUCUCACUCUUGCUACACGAAUCAUGGCUUCUAGCAAAGGAUUUGCUGCUCUAGUCAUUGCCUCCGCACUUCUCCUGGCACUCGUGGUGCCAAGCAUGGCCCAGGGAAUUUCCAGCAGGGCUACGUUCUAUACACCUCCAUACCAGCCGUCGGCUUGCUUUGGGUUUAAUCCUCUCCCAGCAGAUUUUCUGUUCGCAGCGGCGUCUCCGGCAGUCUACAACAAUGGCGCAGCUUGCGGGACCUUUUUCUGCGUGAGAUGCACUGGAAAUGGCUGCAGGAAUGGCGACACCAUCCGAGUGCAGAUCGUGGAUCUUUGCCCGGGCUGUCCAGGCGCCUUUGAUCUCUCCCAAGAGGCAUUUGCACGUAUUGCAGACCCAGCUGUUGGAGUUAUCAGUGUCAACUACAACGCAUGCUAGAUAUGCUCCAAAGCACUAUCGCUGCCCUAAAGAAGAACUACAAUGAUCCAUGAUCACAAUAAAAGGAUUUAUCAAGAAGAUUGACAUCUUGUUAUUUC